AGCGCUGCGGGACGGAGGCUGAGCGCGGCACCGCUGCGAGGAUGAGGACGAGGACGAUUUUAACUGAUGUUGUGUCGCUAUGAUGAAGACAUACGCGGGAACGACGAGCUGUUCGUCACAACAUGUAUGUUCUUGACGGCGGGAAUAUUUGAUUCGUAUUUCCCGUUUGACCACUCAGUCAAGGUGAUGAAGUUGACCUGGAUGCUGCGGCGGAUGAAGACCGAAAGUGAGAUUCUGCCAUUUAAAGCUAAAGGACAAACUUAAAGAAGACCAAAACCAACGCUGGGAAUUGUUUUCUACGUGUUCCACGCGAGAUAUCACUCUGUCAGCGGAUGACGGGAAUUGUUAUGCCCAAAAAUGCCGUUUUGUGUGAUUUAAGUUAAAGGCGCACAAUAUAGAUAUGCAUGCCAAUGUCACUGUGAGCUGACAGAAAUAGCCUUUCAUUUAAUUUCAUUUAAACGUCAUGACGUAAUAUGAGGGAAAUUAUGACGCUGGUUUUGCUCUGAGGUAACGUUACACGCGCGUUUUAAAUGACGCGAAGUUGAGCAACGGCAUUUGAAAUGUCUUUUCUUUUCUUAGUAAACGUGAAUAAGUUAAAUAACUAAACAUUCCUUAUUUUUUAGUGUGUGUUGUUUUGAGGGACGGUGUGUUUUAUUCUGAUGGGCAGUAUUUAGUGUGCGUAAUUUUAAGGGUCAACGUUUUUUUUUUGUUUUUUUUUGAGGGGCAGUGUUCAGUGUGCGUUAUUUUGAGGGUCCGUGUGUUUUAUUCUGGGGGCAGUAGUUCGCGUGUGUCAUUAGCAGGGUAAGGGUGUGUUAUUCUGAGGGUUCAUGUCGUGCUGGUCGCUGGUGUGGCUGGUGAUGGGCUGCAUUCAGAGUAUCAGGUGUAAACCCAAGAGUUUUCGGGACAGUAUUAUGGUUCUGGAGGUGAACUCCUCUAUAGACUCGAACCCCACCAGUGUCGACGAGUCCUCCAGCGUGGUGCUGCGCUACCGGACGCCUCACUUCCGCGCGUCUGCUCGGGUCGUGGUGCCGCCGGUGGCCGGUAAAGAGAGCUGGACUGUCGGCUGGAUCCAGGCGUGCAAUCACAUGGAGUUUUACAACAAGUACGGAUCCAAAGGAAUGUCCAGCUGGGAGCUGCCGGGUAUCCGAGACGGAAAGAUUCAAGCCAUCAGCGACUCGGACGGCGUCAACUACCCGUGGUACGGCAACACGACCGAGACCUGCACCGUGGUGGGCCCGACCAAGAAGGACAUCAAGUUCACCGUCAGCAUGAACGAUAACUUCUACCCCAGCGUGACGUGGGGCGUCCCCGUGAGCGACGGCAACAUACCCAUGCUGAGCAGCAUCUGGAGGGACCAGAGCUUCACCACGUGGCUGGUGGCCACCAACCAGACGUCCGGCGAGGUGCUGGUGCUGCAGACGGUGCGCUGGCGCAUGCGUUUGCACAUCGAGGUGGAUCCUGACAGGCCGCUGGGACAGAGAGCCAGGCUGCUCGAGCCCAUAGCCCAGGAACAGCCGCAGGUGCUGGGCAAGAACGAACCCAUCCCGUCCAACGCCAUGGUCAAACCCAACGCCAACGACGCUCAGGUCCUGAUGUGGAGGCCCAGGACGGGCGAGGCGGUUGUGGUCAUCCCUCCCAAACACGAACCGCUUUUAUAACUGACUUCCGUUGAGAUGAAGAACGAUGUGCAACCGCUCUACCUGCAGACUGGGUCGGAAUCACUGUGCUAAAUGACGUCUUUGCACAAAGCUUUUUUUACGCUGCGUUUGGGAAUUUUGCUUCCGAGCGACAUGGGCUAACUGGAAUAUAUGUGUGCGUGCGAGUCAUUUUUUGGACAUGCGAGACAUUCGAUUCCCAUGGCCUUAAGUUUACAUUGCUUUCAACUGCAAAUGUUUAGCCUUAACGUGCGAUGCAGUGAACCUACCGUCAGAACCGCUGAUUUGUCCGAUUCUUCCUCAUUCUCCUCAAGGUCCGGAUGAAGGGGUUGAUGACGGAGGGAAAGAGCAAAUUGUGCUCGUGUGUGAGGGAAUUAUUAAUUUUAUGCACACAGUGUUUUAAGCAAAAGCAUUUUAGUUGCACAUAUAGCCUUGUUUUUCCAGAACACCUGUCCACCAGCCAUUAAUGCCCUUCUGGUGUAUUGAACAAGACUGCAGAUUCAAGCAAUCAAGAUGAAUUAUUUUCUAGUACAUGUGAGUUGUCAUUCAUUGCUGUGACGUGUGUGUCAGUUGUUGCUUCAUCACAUUGAAAUAGAUGCUGUUAUGAAUGAAUGAAUGAAUGUGGUCAUUUGUUUCGCUUUGAGUUUGAUUCGCGUCAUCUCACAGGACACAGAUUCUCCAGAUUUUCCAAAUGAGUAUUUUUUGUGAGAACUAAAUGGUUUUAGGACCAUUUCGACAUUUUAUUACAACAAAGCACAAGGAAAGCAAACUAUAGACCAGAUUUGUGAAUCGAAGGCCGGUUGCUCUUGGCUUUAAUUUGUGAUGCGUAACACAGAGCGCUUCAAUCUAAAGUGUGUUAAUACAGACGCUGUAGUCAAUCUACUUCAGUAAAACCACUUCACAGUCGAACGCUGAUAAUAUACGCUUGUGCACACAUACGCCAAAUAUCUGCAUGAACCCUACAAAAUUGUAUCCGCUCAUAUUUGACCUUCAGUACACUUCAAUCCGUUAUAACAAAGUAACUAAACUCCUGCUUGAAAAAGAACCAGUGUACCAUACUCCUACUACACUCUUAUCAAACUCUGGUGUAUUACAUUUGGUUUGUGCUAUUUGGCCUGAAUUGUUCUUCAGUAUUAUAUUAAUACAAACAUUACAAAGGUAAAUAACAAUUUGUAUAUUUUUGCAAAAGAAAAUUUAAAUGAUAUAUCAUUGUAUAUAGUUUUGGAUAUAACAGCAAUUUUGAUUUAAUGGUCCCUUCGAUUAUAACAUCACAACCUCAACCUACAGUCAAUGUGUGUCUUUAUUCGGAAAAUGGCCUAUUAUUUUUUGUUUUUGAUUAUUUCAUAUUUUCUGCUUUAGUUGUCUUGUGAGGACUGAUUGUGUUUUAAGUUGUUUUAUAGCUUCGUCCUUGGAAAUAAUACUUGAAUUGGAGUGUAACACAAACUGUGAAAAUGCACAUGACAAAUGAAUUUUUCACGAAGAAAUAAAACUGUGAAAU